CAGCUCCGUCACAUGACUUCAUCCGCUUCCUCUGUUUUUGUUUGACUCAGCUUUUCUUCUAUUUGAGAAGAAUAUACCAGUUCAUUAACACCGUAAGAAAAUAUAUCUGCUACUCUUUGACAGCUAAUGCCACGAUAACCGAGAGGAAUUUGGAGCCGAUGCGGAAUAUUCUUCCGCCGAACUCCGUUAUAAAAUAUAGCUUUUUAAUGUAGCCCACCUCUGUGCUUUGUCUGCCGGGGAGCGCCGCGUUACAGGUAAAGAAGUUAAAAAAUGUACUAAAGUAAGAGUUUCAUUGUGCGCAGUUUUCACGCCGAGUUGUCACCUGGACUCUAGCAAUACCUUGAGUCUUUACGUCUUUCCCUGUCGAGUGGCAGAAGUAGCUAGAGGAGUUUGUUCGGGUUGCAGACUUCCAACAACAGCUGUUGCAACAUCUUUCAGGAUCAUAGAGGAUCAGAGGUCAAAGUCAGCAGCUGCACCUACAGUGACGUCUGAACCCGAGCGGACAGAGUUUGCAGUGAGCAGCUGGGACAACAGCCAUGCCCACCAACAAGUCAGUGUCUGACGCUCCCAUCACUCAGUUCGUCAACUGCAGGAUACUGAGAGAACACAAGCUGCAGAGGGAGGAUCUGUGGGUGCGUGAAGGGAGGAUUUUAGAUCCAGAGAAACUGUUCUUCGAUGAGCAGGGCUAUGCCGACGACCGUGUGGACUGUGAAGACAGCAUCAUCGCCCCGGGCUUUAUAGACGUCCAGCUCAACGGAGGUUACGGCAUCGACUUCUCUCAGGAGUCCGAAGACGUCAGUGGCGGACUUUCAUUAGUGGCCAAAAAGAUCCUCGAGCAUGGCGUCACGUCCUUCUGCCCAACUCUGGUCACCUCUCCUCCGGCAGUCUACCACAAGGUUUUGCCUCAGGUCAAAAUUCAUAAUGGGGGACAACACGGAGCUGGAGUUCUCGGUCUUCAUCUGGAGGGUCCUUUCAUCAGUAGGGAGAAAAAAGGAGCCCACCCGGAGCAGUUUCUCCGUACCUUCCAAUCCGGAGGCAUCGACGACCUGAUGGAGACCUACGGCAGCCUUGACAGCGUCGCCAUGGUGACGCUGGCUCCCGAGCUGGCCAACAGCCAAUCCGUGGUGAGGGAGCUCUGCCAGAGGGGCAUCAAAGUGUCCUUAGGUCACUCGGUGGCCAACCUGUCCCAGGCUGAGGAGGCUGUUCAGCACGGAGCCUCCUUCAUCACUCACCUCUUCAACGCCAUGCUGCCCUUCCACCAUCGUGAUCCUGGUAUCGUGGGUCUGCUGACCAGUGACCAGGUCCCCGCGGGCAGGACGGUCUACUACGGCAUGAUAGCGGAUGGGAUCCACACCAACCCUGCUGCGCUGCGGAUCGCUCACAGAGCUCAUCCUUCAGGUCUGGUGUUGGUGACGGACGCGAUCGCAGCGAUGGGUCUCCCCCCCGGCCGCCACACUCUGGGCCAGCAGGUCAUCGAGAUCCAGGGUCUCCACGCUUACGUGGCAGGCACCAAGACUCUGAGUGGCAGCAUAGCCACGAUGGACAUGUGCGUUCGCCACUUCAAACAGGCUUCAGGCUGCAGCGUGGAGCAGGCUCUGGAAGCCGCCUCGCUCCAUCCGGCUCAGCUGCUCGGUAUCAGCCAGCAGAAGGGAAAACUGGACUACGGCUCAGACGCAGACUUGGUGCUGCUCGACGACGCCCUCAAUGUCAGAGCCACCUACAUUUCAGGAGAGGAGGUGUGGAGGAAAGGACAGUAGAAGAAGAAGAAGAAGACGCUCCUUGUUAUGACCUCCUCUGCCUUUAUAUUGCAUUACUGAGAGCUAUAUUUCCCUGCAUCAGAUUCUUUACAGUUUAUUUUUGAUGAAAUGUUGCAGAAAUGUUUUAGUAUUAAAAUGGAUUAAAAAGAAAUCAACUCCCUCUGAAUGUUACUGUGACAUUGUGCCAUCUGAGAUAUGGACAUGUUUCCAUGAAUGAGUGUAGGGCCUGUGAUGUAAAUGCUAAAAUAUCAGCACAUGGGUCAAAAGUGAAGGGGCCCCUGUAAAACAGAAAACAAACACAGAGUGGAGUGGAAAUGGAGUUUAAUACCUCAAACUAGAAACAGUGUUUCAAUAAAUGUACUAAAAAAAACUUUAUUAUA